AUGUUGAGCAAACCCACCAUCCUCGUAAUCCACGGGUCCUGGCACGUUCCAGCGCACUACGAGCCUCUUGUUCAGUCAUUCAAAUCCCAGGGAUUCGAAGCCGUUUGUCCUCGGCUCCCUUCAUUCGCUGCAAAGCCUCAUAUAGGUCUGCGCGAAGAUGUCCGAGCCAUCCAAGCGGCUUUAGAGGAACUAGUGGAAGCAGGACAGGACAUCCUUGUCCUGGCUCAUUCGUAUGGUGGUGUCGUCACGUCUCAAGCUGUCACAAGGGAAUACGAUGUCCAAACGAGGAUGGUCAAAGGCUUGAAGGGCGGAGUCGUGGGACUUGUAUUCAUGGCGACUUUCUUGCCUCUACCUGGAGAAUCGUUGGCGGAUGCUUUGGGGUCGAGUCUGCCCCCCUUCUUGCCCAUCCACCCUGACGGAUCAUGUACGAUGCUUGAUCCCGCUCAAGCAUUCUAUCAUGAUGUACCCUCUGAUCAAGCUCAACAUUGGAUCUCGUUACUUAAACCUUGCCCCGCUAUCACCCAAUUCUCAGCUAUCACGGAUGCUUCGUACCUCUCUUAUCGCUCCACUUACAUAUACGCCACGGACGAUCAACGAUUGCCUUAUCCCAUUCAAAAAUGGAUGGUCAAGAGGGCAAGCUUGCUUGGAGCGAGAUUCAACGAAAAGGAAGUAAAGUCGUCCCACUCUCCUUUCCUGUCUAUGCCCAAGAAGAUUGUCGAGUGCGUCCAGGCUGAGAUCGACAAUGGUGUCUACGCGGUCGAUCCGGCCUUCGUUGAUGCCGCAGAGGCGGUCAGGCGUGAAUUUGGGGAAAUCCUAGCAAAGAUGGGACCGCCACCUUCGUGA